GUCGCCGCCGCGGAACCGGGGAUGUUGCUCUUCUGCCCGGCCUGCGGCAACGUGCUGGUGGCCGAGGAGGGGCCGCGCUGCCACCGCUUCGCCUGCACCACCUGCCCCUACGUGCGCAACGUCACGCGGAAGGUGACCAGCAGGAAGUACCCGCGGCUGAAGGAGGUGGACGAUGUGCUGGGCGGCGCCGCGGCCUGGGAGAACGUGGAUUCCACCGCAGAGCCCUGCCCCAAGUGCGAGCACCCCCGCGCCUACUUCAUGCAGAUCCAGACGCGCUCGGCCGACGAGCCCAUGACCACCUUCUACAAGUGCUGCAACGCGCAGUGCGGGCACCGCUGGCGGGACUGAGGGUCUCUCCCGCCGCACGGCUGAGGAGGGGGGCUCGGCCCGGCCCGCGUCCCGCCGGGAUGGGGUGGGGGUGUGUAUCUCCUGCAAUAAACACAUCACUGGGUGGAAGGAA